AUGACUGCUACACUGCCAGACCACCCCAACUCGUCCGCCCCCACGCCCUCCUCGUCCGCGGAAGUCCACACCGUCACGACUCCAGAUGGCGAUACCGCGACGCUCUCGUAUGCCCCGCUCGACCCGGCGGCGAUAGAGCAGUCUUGCAGGUCGGAGAAGGACGGAGCCGUGAUCUCGUUCGUUGGCUACACGCGAGACAACUUCCAAGGCCGUACCGUCACGCACCUCACCUACGAAUCCUACGUCCCCCUCGCUCUCAAGACACUCGAGUCGCUCCUCUCCGAAGCGCGCAACCUCCCGCCCCCUCCACCCGCGCCCUUCGCAGACCCUCACUCGCACGCCUGCUGUCCUCCCUCGACCCCCUCGCCCGACGGACGGAUAGAAGUCUCCCGCAUCCACGUCGCGCACCUCCUCGGACCCUCACCGCCCCUCACGCCCUCAAUCGUCAUCUCCGUCGCCUCCCCUCACCGACGAGAAGCGUUCUACGUCUGCGAAUGGAUGCUGGAGAUGGUCAAGCGGCGGGUGCAAGUGUGGAAGCGGGAAUGGUACGCUGAGGAGGAGGGCGAGUUUGUCGGGAGGGAUGGAGAGGGGCCGGAUGGGUUUGGAGGACGGGCGGGCGAGGCAAAGUGGAAGGAGAACUUUCCGCAGGAUGCAAGGAAGGCCGCGCAGGGCGGGCGGUGA